AUGGACGCGCACGGCUCUCCAAACGAGAAACUUCUCAAAAGACGCCCUAGAGCUCAUUCUUUGCGUCAUAUAGAGACUGACACAGGACACCACCUACCAAGUUCCUUCAUGGAUAAGACACCAGCGGGAUCCGAUACACCAGAGUCUUGCAACUCCCCCGUCCUCGUCGCGAGUCGUAGUUUCCUCAGCCUCAAAACCAGAGGAGGCUUGGCCGAAGACCUCCUCACCGGUAGAUGGAUCGUAAAUCCAGUCUCGUCCUUCAAGUUGCUUAUGAUACCCAUCUUACUGUACAUCAACUGGGAGUUAUUGGGUCCUUACGUUGCUCCAAAUUUGGCCAAUCCAAUCACCCCUCUUCUCUUCAUAUCCUACCCCAUUCCUGAUUCAUCUCCCGACGACCCUCGCUAUGCUAAAGGCUAUCUAGACCUAGCUUUUCUUGCAUUCCAUAUUGUUUUCUACUCUUUCUUACGCCAAUUCAUCACUAUCAUCCUUUGUCACCCCAUCGCUCGCUACUUCGGCAUAAAGAAGCAAGGCAAACUCGACAGGUUCGGGGAACAAGGCUAUGCUCUCCUGUACUUUGCGGUCAUGGGUGCCUGGGGCUACCGCGUCAUGGGUCAACUUCCUACAUGGUGGUUUCGCACUGAACAUUUUUGGAUUGGAUACCCUCACUGGCAGAUGAAACCCGAACUCAAACGUUACUUCCUGAUGCACGCGUCUUACUGGUGUCAGCAGCUUAUCGUGCUGCUUCUAGGCCUUGAGAAACCGCGCAAGGACUACAACGAGCUUAUCAUGCAUCACUUCGUCACCCUAUGGCUAGUUGGCUGGGGCUAUCUCUGUAAUUUGACUUUGAUCGGAAAUGCUAUCUACAUGAGUAUGGAUAUCCCGGACGCUUUCCUGGCUUUCUCCAAGCUGCUCAACUACAUGGGAUGGCACAGACUCAAAGUUGCUUCCCUCGUAGUUUUCCUCGUCGCGUGGACCCCUUCAGUUACUUCCGGCAUUGGCUUGAACCUCGUCAUCCUCUGGUCUGUAUGGUUCGAGUUCGAUCUUAUCGACGAGAGCAAUCGUGUAUGGGCCCCGGACACUGGCGCCUGGCUCGUAUGGUGGAUGAAAUACCAGAUGGUGUUUCCCAUCUCCAUCCUUCAGAUGCUCAAUAUUUUCUGGUACUAUCUUAUUUGGCGCAUCGUGAUAAGAUCCUUGAGGGACGUCGAGGUUACAGAUGUCCGAUCUGAUGACGAGGAUGAUAGCGAUGACGAUGACGAUGACGAUGACGAUGACGAGGAUGAUUCAAAAGACACUAAGGAGGACUAGCUGGAUAUUUACUACUGACGACCUCUAUCUGUGCGAGUCUCCAAGACAGCACACAUUGCUAUCAUGUCAUUUGAGUACUACUAGGGAUACAACAAACCACGAUGCGUUUCAAGAAAGUACAAUCGCGGUGCGCUAGAAACAUCUAUUUCAUCACGCAGGCGUCUCAGCCUGAACUUCAUCUGCCUGGAUUUUGGUUUUGUCAAUCAUAGGUAGAAGACCUUCCAUGUCUGAAUAAUCGCUAUCUUCUUCCCAGGCCUCGAAUUUGACCUUCACUCCAGCCCCGGUCUGGGGUGCAGUGGGAUAGGCGGUGUUACCUGUUCGGUUGGGCCACCUCUUCUCCCUCUGCAUGUCUAGAGGCUCGUUGGAGGCCAUUUCCUUGAUUGCGAGCAAAGUGUACUGAAGAUAUCGUUA